AUGCAACUGUCGCCUUUAUCAUCAUCAAAAGAAUGUGAUUGUUUUAGCGAACUUUUGAAAAGGAUCUCCAAUUUGCGAAGAACUCAGAUAACUUUUGAAGGAGAUUUAUCGAUAGUGAACAAUCAAGAGGAAAAAUGGUGUAAUUUAUUUACAAAUUUUAUUUCGGGUAAAAGAUAUUGUACAUUUAAAUCAUGUACAAUUCGUAAUGAUGAUGAUAUGCUUUGGUAUGUACCAUAUCAGCGAUUUAACCAAAACUUUACCGUUGACUUGAAUAAUACGCGGCUGCUUGUAUUUAGACGUCAAAGUCCAAAACAGCCAAUUGUUGGUGAUCGAAAUAUUAAUUGGGAAGAAACAGUAUGCCUUAAUUUAAUUCUGCAGCAGCUUGAUUUUCAUGUAACCUGUGCUGUUUGUACAAAAACAAGUCCUCAAAAUUUGCAGAUUCUUCGCAAGAAUUUUCAACGUGUUUAUCCUUCUCCGAGUAGAAGAAGAAUGGAUGAUAAAGGCGAAAAAGAAGAAAUCACUUUUCCAAAAAUAUAUUUCGCCAUUGAUGAUUUUGAACAGAUGAGUAGAUUUUUUUCUUCGUUUCUAGCAUUUAGCGAUAUGGUAAUAAGAGAUGGUGAGUGCGUUUGUGUUGAACUCGUUGCUAAAGACCGAUACAAGCAUCGAGAAGCAGUUGUAUUUUUAGGUUCGAUAAGAUAUGAAGUAAUCAAACAAGUAUAUGAUUCACGAGCAUCAUCUAAAUGGCAGUGGGCCAACAAAUUUAUUGCAAAAUCCCAUCGUCGUUUCGAAUUUGUUCGAAUGCGAGGUCCCCAUGGAAAAGGAUAUGCUGAAAUGGCCGUUGCUCGAGUAUUGAACUGUGGUUUCGAAACGCCACUUGUAGAACAAGAAAUUAAUUACAAUGUAUGUUCUAAAUUAUAA